GGCCGCGGAAUCGAAGACGAGAGAGCAACUGCAAAACUGCUAAAUCUAAAAACCUUUCCUGGCUUCAAGUUCUUCAGACAGAUUUCGAUUGAGGAAAACUGCUUUGAUUUUCUUUCUCCAUCAUCUUUAAAAGCAUUUUUAGGUUGAUAUUUUCAUGGAGUUAGACGAAGAUCCUCCUCAACAAGUCCUAACAACGACGACAAUUCCCACAAUUAGGCAUAAAUGUGCAGCAUGUUUCAAGCAGUAUAAGAAGAAGGAGCAUCUCAUUGAACACAUGAAGGCCUCCUACCACUCUAUUCAUCAGCCUAAAUGUGGGGUAUGUCACAAGUAUUGUAAAUCCUUCGAAUCUCUGAGGGAACACAUCCACGGUCAAUUGUCUAAACCAUCUUGUUCAAGAAUAUUUGCAGAGAGGGGUUGCAUACUUUGCUUGGAACUCUUUGACAGUGUGGAUGCUCUUACAAGUCACAAGUGUCAGUUACCUGCUCCUGAUCCUCUUGGAAUGAUGAAGUUGCCUUGUGUAGAACCUCAAAUUAAUAAGUUAGCAUCGGACAUCGAAAAAGGCAUUGGGAGAGGUUACGAAGCCAUUGCCUUAGAUUGUGAAAUGGUAGGUGGUGGAAGCAAUGGGUCACUUGAUCUCUGUGCGAGGGUGUGCCUUGUUGAUGAAUAUGAGAAGAUACUUUUCCACACUUAUGUGCUACCUCAAAUUCCUGUGACUGACUAUAGGUUUGAAGUCACUGGUAUCAAAGAGGAACACCUGAAAGGUGCCAUGCCACUCAAGGAAGUGCAAGACCAAAUUCUACAGAUUCUCUGCAAUGGGGAGUCAGUUAAGAGCUUAUGGUGCAGUGGCGGACAAGCCAAGGUUCUUGUGGGUCAUAAUCUUGAGCACAACUUGGACUGCUUGAGAAUGAAUUUUCCUGAUCAUCUACUGAGGGAUACUGCAAAAUACCAUCCCUUGAUGAAGACUAAUCUUGUCAGCCACUCACUCAAGUAUCUUACAAAGACAUUUCUAGGGUAUGAUAUCCAAAUUGGGGUGCGCGAUCCUUACGAAGAUUGUGUCUCUGUGAUGAGGUUGUAUAAGAUAAUGCGCUCCCAAGAUCACCGGAUGGAUGGGAUUGGGUGGUCGUUGCCAGUUCAAGACAAUUUCUGUUCAAGCACUGUUUAUGAUUCAUACAAACUAAAUGAACUUGAGCAAAUGACGCCAGUUGAACUCUUUAGGAUAUCCGGGUCAAACUAUAAAUGUUGGUGUUUGGAUUCAAGCCAAGCCUUUGAACAUGCUUGCAAUACUUGCGUUAAAGCUGAAAUGUCAAAUUCUUGGAGGGAGUGAUGUUUGCUUUCUCAUUGUACAUUACUUUGGUCAUUUUAGAGGUUAGUUAUUAUGACUGGAGAGUUUUUGUUGAUGUGCAUUAAGUUUAUGAGAGACUUCUUUCAUAUGGAUGCCGCGUUUUUUUGGCAACUGUUCUGCUUUGGUGGUAGAGUUCAUCGUGUCAAGAUAUACAGUUUUAAUUGGAUUUGCUGAAC